AUGUACAUCACUCCAAUGCAGUGCUUGUGUAUGCUUGUUGGUACUUUGAUGAUCAAAUUAUUCUCCGAUCGGCAGGCUCUUUCCUAUACCACAUCUUUACUUUGUGAUGGUGACUCGACGUGUUGUUUUAGCUGUAUCAAGGAAAUGGUGCACGUGGAUUGGUGUGACGGAGCAGCCCUGGACACAACGCGUCCACCACCUGCAUGUUGUUGGUACUGGAAUUCUGCAGCUGUAGGAAAGAUUAUCGCAAUUGACUGGCUUCCAGGGAUUUUUGGCCAAGCCAAGGUAGAUGACAGAGAUGAUAACCCACGUGGGCUGAUCAAGAAAAGUAGAAGAUCUAGUCUGAAGAAGAUUAGCCGAAGGAAGUUUGUCUUCUUUGCUACUUCCCCCCUCCGUCAACCCUGUGUCAUUACCGAAUCCGAACUGAAAUAA